AUGUCGACGAAUCCUAUCCCACAGUUGGUUAAUAUCAAGCACACGUUGCAGUCUAAUGUGAUACAGCAGAUCAGACAGGAGGUUACACAAUGGCAGAAUAGCAACAAUCUACAGUAUACCUCCCAGGAUAUUGGCACGAUGGACCAAUAUUUGACAGCCUUGCAAAACGCACUCAAAUUGUUCAUGGAUGAUAACAAGCACAUUGCAGACGCUGCCGAGGGGGUCACAGAGGUGGAUAAGAAUUUGUAUGUUGGGUUGAUUGCCAUGUAUAAGGACUAUAUAUUUCAGUUACAACAGUUGAAGUCGAAUGCAGAACAGCACGUGGCAGUCGAUAGCGCUGCCCAACAACAACCACCGCAGGCGUCCCCAUCCUCCACCGAUGAUGUGAAGAACAGGGAUGCACCCAAUAUUACAGACAGAAUAGUGGACCAUAUUGUCAACACGCUUCCAAAGGAGCUAGCGAAGGAUAGGAGACGCUUUAUAGAUAAGUUCAUCAAGGAUACAGAUCUGAGGAAGUCUCUGGACGCUUCAGAUGCUCUGCUCCAAGGGAUAGUCAAGCUAUGUCACCAAGACCUGAAAAAUAAGGAUAACAUUAUGUCGUAUCUGAGAUUCUUGAAGCUACUAGGGUAUUCAAAGGAGAUUUUGAAGGAGAAACUUCCCUCCUCUCUGACGCAGCCAGUUAAAGCUAAAACAGUGGUGACAAAGAAGAAAGUGUCACCUCCACCGCAGCCAUACAUAGCAGAGAGGAAAGACAAUGUGAUACGAACAGCAACCCAACAACAACUCACCAAGAGUAAAGAUGAACAGGAGAAGGUAGAGGAGGAGGAUUUAGAUAAGAAAAAGAUCUCCUUCUCGAAAUACUUGAACAAAGAUAACACUCCAACUGUUACUGCAACAGAGAGUAAUAAGAGGGAUUUUAAUGAAUUGGAUGAAGAAGCGGAUACACCAGAGUCGAAAAGGGCUCGCUUAGGUGAUCCGAAUAUCACGUCUAUUCUGAAAAGUGGGAAAAAGAAGAAGAGAACCGCCGGUAGUAUCAGGUUCAUGGAGGAUGAAAACCUUGUGAGAAUAUACGGUGAUGAUCUGCCUACAACAGGUUUGAAAGUUAAGCCUGUAGAAUUGAAGAAGAUAUUGAGGCCGUUUGUAGAGGGUGAACCCAAUGAGAAGGUCCUACACGAAGGCAUCACAACGCAUCCAGCGCCCUUACUACUUGAAUUUGACCAAAUUGAAAACAAUGAUAUAGCGGAAACACGGAGCGGGCCCGUUCCUUGUGAGACGUCCGCUAGAUUUCAAUAUAGGACCAGUUUUGCUUCCUUUACUUCGGACCUAAAAAACAAACCCCCAAGAGAACCACUGACAAAUGAUGACGACCCCAGUUUUACUGCGAGACAAGGUAACGGGAAAACACCCAUUAUAGCGAGAGCCUUUGGGAGGAAUAAAUUGUUGUUGAAACAUGACAGGGGAGGGAUACCGUACAAACCUGUACCAGAAGUAUUCAAAAAUAUAUACCCUCCGAAGUACAUUAAGUGA